UAAUAUAGGCUGUAGUUAACGUGCCGCGUAGAGAACCUUCAGAGACUCUGGCCAGCCAGCCAGCGUUGUUCAGUCUGCAGUCGGGCUUAGGGAAGGAGAGCUCCGAGAGCGACAUGGCUCUGGACUUGGACGCCCUCGAUGUCCGGGUGCCUGGGCGUCGUCGUCGUGCCAGUGACGACGAAGCAGAGGACGGCGACGCUGAGUUUCAUGACGCAGCAGAAUACGCGGCAUCUGUUGCCGACAGCACGGGCCACGCUGACGCCGCCGAAGAGGGCGACACAAAAGAGAAGCACGAUGACGAUGUUGCAGCAGAGCCUGUGCCUGAAGGAGAGAAAGAGCAGAAUGGCGGGGAGCAUUCUGGAGAGGACGAGGAGCAGAGCGAAGGCGAGGAGGGCGAGGGCGAGGACGUGCUGGCUAAGGACGACGCUGCGGAAGGGCUGAAAAAGGCCAAGCUCCGAGAGCCAUUUGAGGUGCCCACCUCCGGCGCCUUCUGGCUGCACGACGAUCGAUACGGGGCCGAGGCGGAGAGCGCGGAGCCGGAGGCAGCCAAGCCUGGCGCCUCCCCCACGGAGCGCAAGUACAAGAGCGACACGGACGGUCGCUGGCAGCACGACAAGUUCGCGGCCAUCGAGAGCGGCCAGGAGGUGGAGGACAGCGGCUCGGAGGACGCCUUCGGAGGCUACUCACGGCGCAAUGGUGGCGGGAGAGGUCGUGGCGGACGUCUGGGAGGCCGCGGCGGCGGCAGGACGGACGGCCGUUUCGACACGCCGCCCGCUUCCAACUAUGAACUGGUGGGACUGCCGCAGCGACCGGCCCGGGCACCCCGCGAGAUGUCGGCGGCAGCCGCAGCCUCCGCGGCUGCGCUGUCAGACAUGCCGCCGCCGCCGUCGGCAGGUGGCCGCGGCGGGCGCGGGCGCGGCCCGCCGCCGGCUCGCGGCGGCGGCAGGGGCCCGGCACCCGCCGCGAUGGCGCCGCCGCCUGCUUCCAGGUACACUCUCAUCGGCAGCAGCAAGCCCGCGUCGGGGCCGGAGGCGUCGGGACCGGGGCCUGCAGCGGGCCGGGGCCGGGGCGGCCGCGGGCCGGGGCCGGCAGAGCCGCCUUUCGGCGGGCGGGGCGGCCGGGGCGGCCGGACGGGCGGCGCGCCUGCAACCGCUGUGGGCCGGGGUGACUACUACCGUGGGGAGGAGCCGGCGACGUCGGGCGGCGAUCGGCACUACAGCAGCCAGAACGGGGAGCGAGGCUACGACUCGAUGGGCGGCCGGGGGCGCGGGGCCAGGCCACCCGCCAGCGACGGCUAUGGCCGUGGCGCGGGGCCCAGCGGCCGCGGCGCAGGCCGCGGCACCUACCAGCAGUCACAGCCGGCGGCGGGCAACCGCGAGCACAGCCGCGGCCGGACCCUGGAGGAGGAGUUCCCGCCGCUGCCUGGCAGCAAGCCCGUAGCGGCCCCGGCGACGGCCGCCCCGGCAACGGCGGCGGUGGACGCGGGCGGUGACACAGGCGGCGUGCGGCGGUACAGUAAGAUGGCGGGCAAGGCCACGGCUUCAGCGGCGGCAGCUGCAGCGGACAACGGGCCGCCGCCGGGCGUGGCUCCGGAGGGGGCGCGCACGCGCGGCGGUGACAGCGCGGGCGGCAAGGCGAGCAAGCUGUCCGUUUCCGCCGCCGCCUUCGAGCCCACGCCGGCGCCUGCCCGCCCGCCGCAGCAGCCGCAGCAUCACCAGGCGCCGCCACAGCAGCAACAGCAGCAGCAGGCACCGUCGGUUCCCAUGGCCUUUGGCGCACCAGUACAGCCGCUGCCGGCGGUGUCGACCAUGCCGCCGCCGGGGGCGUUCGCGGGUGUCCCGGAGGCGUACGGCGCGCCUCCCAUGGCGGGCCCGCCGCCGCCCAUGCACCCGCACCAGCACCAGCAGUACGGCGCGCCGCCGGGCGUGCAGCCGUACAUGCCGCCGAUGGGCGCGCCCAUGCAGCCGCCCAUGCAGCCGCCCAUGCAGCCGCCGCAGGGCCCGCCGCAGCAGCAGCAACAGCAGUACGGCGCGCCGCCGCCGCAGUACGGCGCAUCUCCGUACAACGACAUGCAGGCCUGGUUCAACGACGCCUACAACAAGGCGCUGGCCACGGGCAUGGACUCGCAACAGGCCUACAGCGCCGUGCAGGGCUACGUGCAGGGCAUGCAAAUGGCUUUUCAGUCGCUGGCGGCGGCGCAGCACCAGCAGCAGCAGCACAUGCCGCCGCCCAUGUACAGUAUGCCGCCGCCGCCCGGGCCCGCGCCCGGGCAGUGAGCAAGCGCGUUACCAGGAGUGGAGUCGGAGUGGGCUUGGGAGCAACCCGGGGCGCGUAUGCCGGGUGUUGGUGCAGCAGCGGCAACUGACGUAUUGAGGGGAGGGCGUUGUACGGGACAGCAGUUGACAAUUGUCGGGAUGUAUGCACUUGCGGGAUUCGGGCGUGUUUUGCAUUUCCAUCGCGGAUGAAGGCUAGUUGGAGGUGGACCGCCUUGUGCAUCAUCCUUAGAAGAAAAGUAGAGGUCCACUUCUGCAAGCGGCUCCGGCGAGCCAUCGCAGGAGCCGGUGACUUCGCUAGGCCUAGCUGUUAGAGCGUUCCUUAUGUCCAUAGUGCGUGUUGUGGAGUGGGAACUCCAAAUGUUGAUGUCAACAAUCGUCAGCUACAACGCAAGGUGGGCGGACGCGGUUGCCGGUGAGGAGCUUCAUCUCCGGGACAUAGCCGGGGUACGGACAAGCGCGGACUGUUGAUGAGCCGAGGUGAUGAGAGAACAUGGGGACAUGAUGGCAACGGGUACCUCACCGUCAGGGCGAGAUGCCCCCGUGAGUUCGGUCCGUCGACAUGUCUUUCGGUGUGAAAACUUCGUUUAAUUGGCAAUUGAAGGUCAGCAUGAACAUGGAAGCCCAGCAUGCGGGCUGGUGCAUUGUUGGGUUUGGGCCAGAUAUGCAUAGUUGCGCACCGCGCCUGUUGUGCUCAUUCGGAAUAGCACGUUGCACGCAUAGUACGCUCGCUAUUUGCUUUUCUACCUGUAGCCGGGGGGCAGGGACACUUGCGGGGUUAGGCGUGAUGUGUAUGCUGGUGCACUGUGGUUGCACAAGCCGCAACAUGUAAGUAGAUGUGUCAUGUAUGCAUGCUCUUCACUUCAAAACCUAGGAAAGCAACGCCAUAUCAUGCUUUUGACGCGUUCAAGCGACCUGUUUGUGCAUGCGCUUGGCUGCACGUUGUGCUCUGGAUGGUGGACAUGCACGUGCGUGCAUGACGUCGCGGGCGCCAUGUGUGGCGUGAAGAAAAUCGUGGUGGUGUAGUAUGUUAACGCAGCCCCGUCCGUGACGACUAGGCCGCAUCUGGCAGUGGUAGCUGGGUGGUGGUAUCGGCUGUGCGACGCAUGAAUAGUCCUAUAUGGGUGCGCAGUGAGUCCGCGCCAGUGCUGAGUGCUGCUUGACGGGUUGGGGGGUGAGGAAGGACACGCUGGGACACGAACCUGGCCUGCGAGGGUCUGGGAUUGGCCCCGGUUUGUAAGCGCUUGGAGGACAUGGGCUGCCUGCGGCACAGUGAAGCUUGGCAAUUGACAGCGAAGUGGAACUCGAGGAUGGCGUGCCUAAGGUGAGGUCAUCGCCACCUGGAGGCAGCAGCGAGUCGGGCGGGUCCGGGGACCGGAAAGAGACCGAUACGCCAGGCAGGGGUCUAUCACAGGUUCCUAGCCGCUGAGCCCAUGCUGCAUGCGUUAAGGUACUCAUUGACA